AUGCACACACAUCAUUCACAUAGUGGUGACUAUAUAUCGCACGCAAAAGAUCAUCUAGAAUCGAUGAUUGCCAAAUAUAUUGAGAUGGGGUUCAAAAGUGUUUGUUUAACCGAACAUAUGCCUAGAUUAUCAAACAAUUUCUUAUACCCAGAAGAGUUGGAUAAAUCAUAUACAAUUGAAAACUUGCAAAAAGAUUUCUUGAGUUAUAUUGAUCACGCAGAGCGUGUUCAAAAAUUGCAUCACAGUUCGUUGCCCAUACUACUUGGCUUUGAAAUCGAAGGAAUCAAUGAGGAGCAUAUAAAGCACUCAUUGCAGUUGAUUAAACAUCCAAAGAUUCAAAUGUCAGUUGGCUCCGUGCAUUUUGUACACGAGAUUCCAAUUGAUUUUUCAAGUGAUUUAUGGAUGCAAGCCAAAUCAAAAAGUGGAAAAGGAUUGACCAGAUCUUUGUACAAGGAUUAUUUUGAUUUACAGUCCAGAGUAUUGGAUUUAGAACCCAAUGUAGUAGGUCACUUUGACUUGAUACGGCUUUGUCAACCAGCUGAUGACUUCGAUGAAACAACAAAUAAAUUAACAAUAGAAGUUGACAUUGAAAAAGAUUGGCCAGAAGUUUGGCAAGUAAUAUCCAAUAACAUCAUGAAAAUAGUAAAGUAUGGUGGAUUGUUUGAACUCAACUCAUCUGCAAUUAGAAAGGGCUGGAAAAGUCCAUAUCCACAAUGGGAUAUUGCAAAACGUAUUGUAGACCUCAAUGGUAAAUUUUGCUUAUCUGAUGAUGCGCAUGCAUGCUCCCAGAUCGGGUUCGGCUACGACAAGGUUCUACAGUACGCGAAAGACCUUGGAUUAACGAAAUUGUAUCAUCUUGAAGCUUGCGAUGGAGCUAUAAAAUGCGUUCCAGAAACCAUAGAAACUAUAGAAAAGACAACGUUUUGGAAACAGUUUUCAUAG